UAUAUUCAUAAACUGAUGAUCAAUAGACUAGUCGUGAUUAUUAUUCUUGCAGCUGGAGUCUCAUUAGUAAUGGGAUAUGCUUACACUACUUUUGCAUACUUUCCAAAGCUGGCUCAUGACAGAGAUUUGAGCCAGAGCUUGGUUGGACUGACCAUUGGACUAAACUCUUUGCCGUUUAUGAUAUUCUCAAUUGCAUCUCCAUUUUUAAUGAAGAAAUUUGGAAGGAAGAAAUUUUUAGUACUCCCACUUCUGAUAUGUGCUCUUUCGAUCAUGACUUUUGCUUGUCUAGAUUUUAUCGAAGACUCGAACACAUUCUUCUGGGUAGCCAUGAUAUCUAGGCUAUUUAACGGAGCUGGAAUGAGUACUUAUACAACAGCAUGAUAUUCUUAUGCUUCAAUUUUAUAUAAAGAAAACACUCAGAAAGGAAUGGGAAUCAUCAAAGCUUCUCUUGGAAUUGGGCCUAUUGUGUCUCUGGUAGUCAGUAGCUUUAUUUUUAAAUGGUUUGGAUUCUUUACUACUUUUGCGACAAUUAGCGUUGGAUUGUUAAUAAAUACAUUGGCCAUAGCUAUUUUUGUCAAAGAAAUAAAAGAUGAGAAAUCAUCUACAAACGCGACUGAUAUUGUUUCUAAAAGAUCUUUUAAGUCUCUGUAUAUCUUUGCUGAUGCAAGAAUCUUUGGAACGGUAAUAAAUGUUUUCUUUGCUAUGACUCUUAUUGACUCAUUAGCUCCACUUAUGGCUGACAGGUUAGAUGAGUUUGGAAUACCAGAAUAUUUGAAAGGUUUGACAUUUUUACUUUCAAAUAUCCCAUUCACAUUGACAUCCCUUUUGUUGCACAUAUUUGCAAAAGAAAUUAGGACAAAGAGAAUUAUUUCAUGAAUUGGUUGGAUCCUACUCGGUAUUGCUUUUUUGUUUAUUGGCCCAUCUAAAACUCUUGGGUUUCCUAAUAAAUUAUUCAUGGUAUUUAUUGGAUUUCCACUCUUUGGAGCUUCCUAUGCAUGUUUAAUUGUAACUAGUAUUCCAAUUAUGCAAGGAUGAGCAGCUGAUUAUGACACUGUUAACGAAGAAUAUAAGCAAGUAACUCUCUAUUUCUCAGGAUUAUUUAAUCUUGCUUACGGCACUGGAACUUUCAUUGGCCCUCUGAUAUCUACAAGAAUUGAAGAACCUUUAGGAUUCCAAAGAUUUGCUGAAAUAAUCUCACUUUCAGCAUUCAUUUGAUUGAUAAUUUACAUUCUUCUGAUUUCAUUACCAAGAUCAUUAAAAGUCAAAAAGCAUAUAAUCAAAGCUAAUUUCAAAGAGAGUAGUCUUAAUAUAUAUAAAGAUGAUGAGGAAAGUGAGACUCAAGAAACUAUUAGCACUCAGCUAUUACGCAGCCCUGCCAAAGCAUAAUUUAUUAAUGUUAGCAAUCAUUUCAAUCA